AAUACAUUUCCCUAAAACAUGUCAUUAUGUCAUUUCCAAGAAAAACACUUUUUAAAACUCCACACUAAUCUUCUCCUCUUCCCCCUCCAAAAAAAUCCAAGCCCCUAGUCCCAAAAUGGUGUACCACAACUUCAAACCAGGCUCAAGAGUAGAAGUAAGAAGUGACGAUGAAGGUUUCAAAGGUGCAUGCUACCUGGCGACAGUUCUCGAAAACCUCGAAAACAACAAGUAUCUAGUAGCGUAUGAUGAUCUGAUGGAGAGUGAAGACAAGGACUCAAAUCGGCUAACUGAGACCGUGCAUGCACAAGAUUUAAGGCCUCUGCCUCCUGUUGACAGAGAUGAGAUGAUCAAGAUUCAUGAUGUGGUUGAUGCUUAUCAUCAAGAUGGGUGGUGGACUGGUCAAGUUAUUGAGAUUCUUGAAGAGGGUAAGUUGGUGGUUUAUUUUCAGAACCCCCCUGAUGAGUUGAUUGUGCAUAGGAAUCAUCUUAGGCUUCAUUUGGACUGGGUUGAUGGCAGAUGGGAAAAGCCCAAUAAACAGGCCCAAAAUCAUAAGAUGAUUAGCAGAGGAACAGAAGUAGAAGUAACUUUCGAAGGGGAAAACUAUAAUGUAUGGCACCUUGGAAGUGUGUUGCAAGUAGAAGGAAAUGAUAGAUUUUUAGUGAAGUAUAGGUGCUUAGGACUGGAGAAUAAAGCUGAAUUUCGAACUGAGGUUAUUGAUUCAAGGUGCAUCCGGCCUGCACCUCCACGUGUGGAGGAACGAGAUUUUGAUGUGCUUCACAAAGUGGAAGCGUGCUACUUUUCUUGUUGGUGGACCGGAGUGAUUCGGAGAAUUGUUGAAGAUAGAAAGUAUGUUGUCCUCGUCUCACAUUCUAGAAUUGAAAUCGAAUGCGAUCACUUCAACUUGAGGCCUCGGUUGGAUUGGAUUGAUGGCAAAUGGACUACAACAAUUCUGAAUACGAAAUUGCUUGCUAUCAAUAAUGAGCGAUUCACAAGUAACAUAAGAAAGAGUACUCCAAAAAAACUACAUUCUGGGAAGUAUCAUGGAACUACAAGGAAGAAGAACGAUGCUGCAGUUCGUGUUGAUAAAGAUAUUACGUCUGUCAAAGAAGAACUGGGCGCAUCAUCAGUGAUCCCUGUCACGAAAAAUCCAAAGAAACAAAUGAGGGAUCUAUUGAACACUGAAGGAUUGCAUGGAGGCAAGAGAUCCCUGAACAAGAAAAGAGGUAGACUGGGAAAAUUGUCGCUUGAAGAACAGACAGAUGCAGGCAAGGACAACGUAAUGCUUAAGACAAUUGAUAAGAAAGCCAAUGAAGAUCAGUUUCUGCUCUCUCGUAAGGAGUUUAAGAAGUUAAUUGUAGCUGAAAGGAGAGUUCUGAACCACUUUCAUAGGCGUAAUGAGUUCUUAAGCAGAAUAACGAACAUCUCUCAAGUCGAGGACCAGACAAACGAAACAGGAAUAUAUGCAAAAAUUGAGAAUCUUCCUAAUGAAUCUCUUUCAGAUAUAUAUAAAGAAAUUAAAGCAAACAAGAAUUCAACCAAGAACAGGGCAGACAGAAUAGUUAAGAAGCAGCGGACAAGGUUUCGGCAACAAGGUGUGACAACAAGCAUACAUGUGACCGAGGAUCAGGCGAAUGAAACAGUUGCUAAGCAAAUAGAUAAUCAUAACGCCGAAGAUGAGUUACUGACUGAUGGUCCUUUAUGUGAUUUAAGUAAUGGUCAACCUCUACUAAGUGGAGCUUUACUUGUUGGAGAUAAAUUUGCUGCUGCAACUGAUGGAGAAAAACAGAGUCAAAAAAGUUCUGCAGUGGCUACAAAGGACAUGGCGCACUUUUUGGCUCUACAAAAUAAUAUUGCAAGUGGUGAACUUGGAACACCUUCUGCGAUUAUAAGCUGCAAUAGCUUGAAAAAUGAGAAGGUCCCAUUCGUUAAGUGCUCGCCAAUUUGGAAAUCAUUCGAGUCUAUGGAAAUAUAUAGAAAGACAAAACAGAAGCCACACUUUUCUCUGUUGUCAAAAUAUAGAGAAGAGACUCGUGAGGGAUUGGCGAUAGGCCAUAUGGUUAUAUUUUCGAACGUGGUGGAGAAAACUUUAAAGUUGCAGUUCUCUGAUCCAGUUAGCGUCAUUAGAAGCUAUCUGCAAACUGUAGCUGACUUAGAGAAACAUGGGUUUGAAGUUGAGCCCAUUCGAGCACGCUUAACGCUGUUGUUGUCUAAGAAAGCAGAAGAACGAAAGCUUGAAUCAGAGUACAAACAGAUUGAAGAGAAGAUAACAAACAACAUGCUUGAGAAAAAUGAACUAGACGAAGAGAUCAUCCAAAUCAACCAGAAAAUUAAAGAGUUAUCAGAAAGCCUAAACGAGGCUCAAUAUAGGAAGGUGAUAAAAGAGGAUGAGAUUUCAACACUGCAUUCAAAACACGAAGCUAUUUUGGCAAAUGUUUGCAGCAUCAAACGUGAGUUCGAAAGCAUCGCUGCUGGUUCAUUGUGAAGGGUGAUGUUCCGUAAAGACAUUUCGUUUUAAAAUUGUAAAAAUUAUGCGGAUUAAUGGAGCCUAGAGCUGAAGCUAGAAGUUUGGUUAUUGUGUAGUUAUGGACUCAAGUGGAAAUACCACGGUUGAGCUCUAGUUUUUCUGCUUGGUAUGUAUGACCAAAGUGCAAAUGGUCACUGGGGAACUUAGCUUCCAGUGCAUAUUAGCUCGAUUUACAUGAUGUGAAGUAA